GAUACUAAAAUUCAUCUAAUAAUUAUUGUUUUUUUCUUCGUAGAUACAUAGUUUCUAAGUGCUAAACCCUAAAUAGUUAUAGUUUUACUCAAAUGCUAUAAAUAAAAACCAGCACUAUGCCGUCUAUUGAUGUGAUGGGCCCGCCAGGCCAAACGGACGCUGCGUCCGAGGACGUGCCAGCAGCACCGCCUGCUCCGGUCAUAGGCAUUAUUUAUCCACCUCCGGAAGUGAGGAAUAUUGUUGACAAAACUGCAAGCUUUGUUGCGAGAAAUGGACCAGAAUUUGAAGCUCGUAUUAGACAGAAUGAGUUGGGCAAUCCCAAGUUUAACUUUCUCAACUCUGGUGAUCCCUACCAUGCUUACUAUCAGCACAAAGUUAAAGAGAUAAGAGAAGGAAAAGGUACAGACCCCUCUGCCCCCGCACCGGCCCCGGCGCCCGCUCGGCCCGGGCUCGCUCCCGCCACCGCGGCCCGCCAGCAGGAGCUCCUCAAAGCCGCCGCGCCCAUCGAACCCCCACCGCCCAGGGAUCCUCCCCCAGACUUCGAAUUCAUCGCCGACCCGCCCUCUAUAUCGGCUCUCGAGCUCGACAUAGUCAAACUGACGGCCCAAUUCGUAGCGCGUAACGGCAGACAGUUCUUGACCGACCUGAUGAAGAAGGAGGAGCGCAACCACCAGUUCGACUUCCUUCGUCCCCAGCACUCCCUCUUUCAAUAUUUCACGCGCCUCCUGGAGCAGUACACCAAAGUUCUCCUGCCGCCGAAGGAGCUCGUCACCAAGCUGAGCUCCGAAAUUCGCAGCGGCGUGCUGGAGCAGGCGCGGAGCCGGGCCGCGUGGCACUCCCACCAGGCCAAGCGCAAGGCCGCCGACGAGGCGAGAAUCGAGAAGGAGAGGCUGGCCUACGCCUCGAUCGACUGGCACGACUUCGUAGUCGUCGAGACCGUUGACUACCCUCAGGGGGAGAUGGGCGAUUUCCCACCCCCGACGACGCCGCUGGAGGUGGGGGCGCGGGUGCUCGCCCAGGAGCGCGGCGAGGACAUCACGCAGCAGGACGAGGACGACACUGAGAUGCAGCUCGAGUCCGACUCGGAGGGCUCCUCCGACGACGACCUGGCCGAGAUGGAGGACCGCACGCAGCAGCAGCAGCGCCCCGACGACAACAGGGUGCAGGACAUGGAGGAGGACAGUUCGUCGUCCGAGGACGAGAUGCCUCCGGAGCCUCCGAAGACCUCCGCCGACGAGGCGCCCCUGCCCCCGCGCCCCGACCGCGUGGUGGUUAAGAAGUACGAUCCGAAACGGGCGCGGCCCCAGCCGGCGCCGACCAGCGAGGAGUGGCUAGUGUCGCCGAUCACGGGCGAGAAGAUCCCGGCGAACAAGGUGGCGGACCACGUGAGGAUCGGUCUGCUCGACCCGCGCUGGCUCGAGCAGCGCGACCGCGCCGCCGCCGAGCGCACCGACCGCGACGAGGCGCUCGCCCCCGGCGCCGCUAUCGAGGCUUCUCUUAAACAGCUAGCCGAACGUCGUACCGACAUCUUCGGUGUGGGCGACGAGGAGACGGCCAUCGGUAAGAAGAUCGGCGAGGAGGAGAAGCGGCGCGACGAGCGGGUCACGUGGGACGGCCACACCUCCAGCGUGGAGGCCGCCACGCGGGCUGCGCGCGCGCACAUCACGCUCGAGGACCAGAUACAGCAGAUACACAAGGUCAAAGGUCUUCUACCGGACGAGGAGAAGGAGAAAAUCGGUCCGAAGCCGGUGGCAGGUGGGCGGGGCGGCCAGCGGGCCCCGCCCCCUCCCGCGCCCGCGCGCGUCCCGCCCCCGGCGCCACCCGCGCCCGCUCCGCAGCCGGUGCUGUUGCAGCCCAUCCCGCCGUUGAUGGUGAUCCCACCGCUGGCGCCGCGCCCGCCGCUCAUCCCGACGCCGGUGGGCGCGCCGUUCGGCUUCGGCGUGGCGGUGGUGGGCGUCCCGCCGCCGCCGGAGGAAGACGAGCCGGCCGCCAAGCGCGCGCGCACCGAGGACGCUCUGGAGCCCGAACAGGCCUGGCUCAAUGCUCACCCCGGUCCCGUGCACAUUCAGGUGAUGCUGCCGAUGGCGCCGGAGCGGUCAGAGUGGCGGCUGGACGGUCGCGCGCUGCCGCUGCAGGUGUCACUAGCGUCGACGGUCGGCGAGCUCAAGUCCAUGCUGCAGCGUUCCACCAACAUGCCCACCGCCAAGCAGAAGCUGCAUUACGAGGGUCUAUUCUUCAAGGAUACGAACACACUCGCUUAUUACAACGUGGCGCCGGGAUCGUCUAUACAGCUGCAAAUCAAAGAGCGCGGUGGGAGAAAGAAAUAAGUUAUUUGAUUAUAUUAUACAAUUUUACCAUUGUGAAGGAUCGAUGCUUUUAUCUUUAUUAGACAGAAUAAAUAUAAUUUAGA